GCAGUAGGGUGCCAGGAUGGAACAAUAUCCUUCUAUCAGUUGAUUUUCAGCACUGUUCAUGGCCUUUAUAAAGAUCGCUAUGCUUACAGAGACAGCAUGACCGAUGUUAUUGUCCAGCACCUCAUCACUGAACAAAAAGUUAGAAUAAAAGGCAAAGAGCUUGUAAAGAAAAUUGCGAUCUACAAAAACAGAUUAGCAAUCCAGAUGCCAGAGAAAAUCUUGAUUUACGAGUUAUGCUCAGAUGAUUCUUCAGAUAUGUAUUACCGGGUGAAGGAGAAGAUAGCAAAAAAGUUCGAGUGCAACUUGCUGGUUGUGUGUUCAGAGCACAUUAUUUUGUGCCAGGAGAAAAGACUGCAGUGUCUCUCCUUUAGAGGCAUUAAAGAACGAGAAUGGCUGAUGGAAUCUCUCAUUCGUUAUAUUAAAGUAAUUGGAGGACCACCAGGAAGAGAAGGUCUCUUAGUUGGUCUAAAGAAUGGUCAGAUUCUGAAGAUCUUUGUUGACAAUGCGUUCGCGAUUGUACUGCUGAAGCAAUCCACGGCUGUGCGCUGCCUGGAUAUGAGCGCGUCCCGCAACAAGCUGGCAGUGGUGGAUGAGAACGAUACCUGCCUGGUGUAUGACAUUCACACCAAGGAGCUGUUGUUUCAGGAGCCCAAUGCGAACAGUGUGGCUUGGAAUACACAGUGUGAGGAUAUGCUUUGCUUUUCUGGAGGGGGUUACCUCAAUAUCAAAGCUAGUAACUUCCCUGUCUAUCAGCAAAAACUUCAAGGCUUUGUUGUGGGUUACAACGGCUCCAAGAUCUUCUGUCUUCAUGGUUUUUCUAUGUCAGCUGUUGAAGUUCCGCAGUCCGCACCCAUGUAUCAAUACCUGGAACGAAAAAUGUUUAAAGCAGCCUAUCAGAUCGCAUGUUUAGGAGUGACUGAUACUGACUGGAAAGAACUGGCCAUGGAAGCCUUGGAAGGGCUGGAGUUUGAAACUGCUAAAAAGGCAUUUACCAGAGUACGAGACCUUCGAUAUUUAGAGUUGAUCAGCAGUAUAGAGGAGCAGAAGAAGCUUGGAGAGAACAACAACGAGCUGUUCCUAGCAGAUGUUUAUGCCUACCAGGGAAAAUUCCACGAGGCAGCGAAGUUGUACAGGAAGAGUGGACAUGAAAACCUCGCUCUCGAGAUGUACUCUGACCUGCGCAUGUUUGACCACGCAAAGGAUUUCCUGGGAUCUGGAGACCCCAAAGACACAAAGAUACUCAUAAAAAAACAAGCAGACUGGGCCAAGAAUAUCAAUGAACCCAAAGCAGCAGUGGAGAUGUACCUCUCUGCAGGCGAGCACAUGAAGGCUAUAGAAAUCAGUGGGGACCACGGCUGGGUUGAUAUGUUAAUUGAAAUUGCUCGAAAACUGGAUAAAGCUGAGCGUGAGCCUUUGUUGAAGUGUGCCUUCUAUUUUAAGAAACUUGCUAAUCCUGACUAUGCAGCAGAAACCUACAUGAAGGUUGGUGACCUGAAAGCAUUGGUCCAUCUCCACGUGGAGACUCACCACUGGGAAGAAGCAUGUGCUUUGUGUGAAAAGCACCCUGAAUUCAAAGAUGAUGUCUGUGUCCCUUAUGCUCAGUGGCUAGCAGAGAACGAUAGAUUUGAAGAAGCCCAAAAAGCGUUCCACAAGGCCGGCAGGCAGCGCGAGGCGGCGCAGGUGCUGGAGCAGCUGACACGGAACGCCGUGCUGGAGAGCCGCUUCAACGAUGCCGCCUAUUAUUACUGGAUGCUUUCCAUGCAGUGUUUAGAUAUAGCCCAAGAGAAUGAACAGCAGAAGACUGAAAUGUUGCAGAAGUUUCAUCACUUCCAGCAUUUGGCAGAAGUUUACCAUGCCUAUCAUGCUAUCCACAGAUACACUGAGGAGCCAUUCAGUUCCCACUUGCCUGAAACCCUCUUCAAUAUUUCCAGGUUCCUGCUGCACAGCUUAACAAAGGAGACUCCUUUGGGGAUCUCAAAAGUCAAUACAUUAUUUGCCCUGGCAAAACAGAGUAAAGCUCUUGGUGCAUACAAACUGGCUCGUCAUGCCUAUGACAAGUUACAGGGACUGCAGAUCCCAGCUAGGUUCCAGAAAUCAAUUGAGUUGGGCAGCCUGACAAUCCGAUCCAAGCCAUUCCAUGACAGUGAAGAGCUUGUGCCCUUGUGUUACAGGUGCUCUACCAACAACCCUUUGAUGAAUAACCUGGGGAAUGUCUGUGUUAACUGCAGGCAGCCUUUUGUCUUCUCCGCUUCCUCCUACGAAGUGCUGCACCUGGUUGAGUUCUAUUUGGAAGAUGGCAUCACAGAUGAAGAAGCUGUAGCUAUCAUUGAUCUUGAAGCUCCAAGAUUGAAUAAAAGAGAGAAUAAAGGGCAAGAGAUUAUGAGUGACAAUGCAGAGAGUUUGAGGCUUGAUGACAGUACAGAUACUAUUGAAGAUGACCCCUUUACAGCAAAACUGAGCUUUGAGCAAGGCAGCUCGGAAUUCGUUCCCGUGGUGGUGAAUCGUGCUGUUCUCCAGUCCAUGAGCCGCAGGGACGUUCUCAUUAAACGCUGGCCAAAGCCACUGCAGUGGCAGUACUACCGCUCCCUGCUGCCAGAUGCCUCCAUCACCAUGUGUCCAUCGUGCUUUCAGAUGUUUCACACAGAAGACUAUGAGCUUCUUGUACUCCAGCAUAAUGGUUGUCCUUUCUGUCGACGGAGAAUAGAUGAGUCAAACCAAUGA